CGUUCUCCAUCCCUCUGCUGCUGUAAUGCAUAAUACCCUCCUCCUCCUCCUCCAUGCACCUCCCCCCCAGCCUUCACCCAUCCCAAAGACUGAUUAGCGCCGCAUCCUUGCGCUGACACGUCACGUAAUUUCUGGAGCUCUGUGUGUGUGUUUGUGUGUCCUCACUCAGGAAUGUGAAGCUCUGCUCGUUCUUAAAGGUCGAAAAGAAGAUUUUCUCCCCUUGUGUGAUCGUGAAAUCUCUCCGAUGUGGGAGAGAGACCAUCUCUAACCUGUCAGUAGAAGGAGGCGCUUCGAGGAACUCAGGAAGGAGCGCAGGAUUUCUCCUCCAGAGGAGGUUUCUUUGUACAGGUAAACGGGACUACGUUUGUUUCACAGGGAGAACAGACGGCCAGUAGGGCGCUGACGGUUCGGGUUCGACAGAUUCGCGCUGUGAGACCGGAGGUGAGUUUAAAGACGGCUGCACUGCUGGAACGCACAGCGGGAAACGCGCACUUUUCCCAGAAACGCGCGGGAUCACCGCCCGGUGCGUGCCACCUGUGCAGCUCAUGCGCAGACAGCAGCCAAACCACGCAUAUGUGCGCGCACAGCGGGUGAUUUCAUAAGAGGGAAACCACAAGACUCUUCCCCGAAAGGUUCUGCAGACAGCAAUAACUCCGAGAGACGCGAUACUGAGUCUUCCAAAGCCAAAGAGAGGCGCACGCUUCCCACUGCUUCCACUUGGCCCAGCCGAGCUCCGCUCCUCCGUUUUUAAACUCAGGUUGCCCACGAGGACAAAGUCAGCUCGGUGUUUCUCGUGGAUUCAUGAAUGCAACAUUUUGAAAGACUCUCGAGCUGCGCAGUCAUCACCAGCUCUCACAAACUUCACGUCUUCCAUUCCCAGCACUGUUUCCAUCAUCCCCCACCAGCUGAGCGUCAAACACCGGGCUUCCAUUGGCUCUUACAUUGUGUGGUGCAUGCAGUGUCAAUAAGGAGACCCGAGGGUGUGCCGCGGAAUAUAAAUAGUUGAACAAAGAGGCCGAAACCUGAGACCUGGUCUGAUUCUUCCCUCUGGUAACUCUAGAUGCUCAAACACUGAGAGGCGCACGAACGAACUGCUGCUGAUGUGAGCUGUUGUUGAACCAGGAGCAGAGCAAGAGGAGGACCCACCCACACCACCCACCCCUCAGAUAAACAGGAGGCGACUUUUAGUCACAGUUGGGACGUCUUUGGUGUGUUUAUGCUCUGAGGGUUUCCAGAUCUGUCCUGUCUGUGUAUGUGUGUGUCUGUGUGUGCACUGUUGAGAGACGCCACCACCCCUCUGUCCUCUGUCAGGAUGUCCGCGGUGAAGGAGCUGCUGCUGCUGCUGCCUCUGGUCCUCCUGCCACUUGAAGCUCCGCUGUGCCACGGGGCCUGCGUGGAAGUGGACUCGGACACAGAGGCUGUUGUCAACGACGGCUUCAAGCUGGGCUGCAUCUACUGUAAGAUGAGAGGCGAGGUGGAUGCCACGGCCAAAGUCCAAUGGUCCUUCAAGGGCUCAGGCGACAGCAACUUCUCAGACCUGUACAUUUAUAAAGAUGAACCCGGCGAGAUCAUUGACCCACGUUUCUACAAGCGUCUGGACUGGAACGGCAGCAAACAUACCAGGGACCUGCAGGAUGGCUCCAUCUACAUCCUCAACGUGACCUACAAUGACACUGGAACCUACAAAUGCAAAUUUAGCCGGACCCUCAGAUACAGCAACUAUGCCUACGAAAAGACCAAAGAGAAGAACAUCACCAUUAAUGUGGUUGCACGGCUUACCCGGGGAAUGGCGUCCAUCUUGUCUGAGGUGAUGAUGUACGUCUCCAUCAUCGGGCUGCAGUUCUGGCUCUUGGUCGAGAUGAUUUACUGCUACAGGAAGAUCUCGGCAGCAGGAGAGGAAGCUCUGAGAGAGAGCGCGGAGGAGUAUUUAGCUAUAGCAUCGGAAAGUAAAGAUAAUUGUGCAGGUGCACAAGUGGCAGAAUAGCACGGUUCGGGGAAACGUUCAAGGCGGCUUCUUUGAGGAGUUGCUCGUCCUCUUGUGUGCCCUCUCCUCCUCUCACCAUCCUCUCCACAAGCUGGAAACAUGGAACCACAGCGAGGAGAAAGAUCUUCAUGGAAAGUUUUUUUUUUUCUAAAGUGACUUUCUGCAGCAGGAUGAAGGACGAACGUUCAGAGGGAACGCACAGAUGCAUCAGGUCUUUGUUAAGCUGGACAGAGGGAGGGAGUCAUGCUGUAUAUAGGUGUAUACGUCUGCACAGAACACAUGUAGGGUCUAUUAUACGCUAUGUAUUCACUAACUGCAUGAUUACAAGCUUAUCAAGAAAUA